AUGUCCUCACCAUCCAAGAAACGUUUUAAAAAGCAAACUUGGUGCAAGAGAUUAAUCUAUAAACGAUUACCUAUCACAAAAUGGUUUCCUGAAUACAAUUCGGAAAAGGCUCUAGCGGACUUUAUAGCUGGAGUUACAGUGGGACUUACGGUUAUACCGCAGGCAUUGGCUUAUGCGACACUCGCUGGGCUACAUCCUCAGUAUGGCCUCUACUCGUCGUUCAUGGGAUGUUUUGUGUACCUAAUAUUUGGUUCGUGUAAGGACAUAACGCUUGGUCCGACUGCUCUGUUAGCUCUCAUGACGUAUGAGCAAAUACAGGGGAGAAACUCCGACUAUGCAAUACUCCUGUGCUUCCUAACCGGUGUAGUUCAGUUAGCUAUGGGAAUAUUGCAUUUAGGUGUCCUGAUAGAUUUUAUAUCUGUGCCAGUGACAGUAGGGUUCACUUCAGCUACGUCUGUCAUCAUCGCAGUUUCACAGCUCAAAGGAUUAUUGGGACUUCAGUUCAAAUCCAGGGGAUUUAUAGAUACUUUGAAAAAGGUGUUCCUAAACUUACCAAAUGCAAAAUUGGCGGAUAGCACCUUAGGAAUAACGAGCAUAGUUGUUCUGCUUCUAAUGAGGAAAAUGAAGGACAUAAAUUUGCCGCAAAGUCAAAAAAGUUUGAAGAAGGCAUUAUGGCUGUUGUCGACUUCGAGGAACGCCAUAAUCGUACUGCUUUGCUCAGUAAUGGCAUUCGCAUGGGAGUCACACUCGGAAUCUCCCUUCAAACUCACUGGCACUGUAAAAGAAGGACUCCCAUCAUGGUCGGUUCCGCCGUUCAAUACAAAUUACAAUGGGCGGAAUGUUACGUUUAUUGAAAUGUGUUCGGACUUGGGCUCUUCAAUAGUCCUCGUGCCAAUUAUUGGUGUUCUAGGAAAUGUCGCCAUUGCAAAGGCUUUUGCGAGCGGUGAGUCAGUGGAUGCUACUCAGGAGUUGAUAACCUUAUCGCUUUCAAAUAUUUUGGGUUCAUUUGUAAGCGCUAUGCCUAUUACCGGAUCUUUCUCCCGGAGUGCAGUUAAUCACGCGAGUGGUGUCGCCACGCAGUUUGGAAGUUUGUAUACUGGUGUAUUAGUACUCCUCGCCCUAAGUUUAUUGACGCCAUAUUUCUACUACAUACCCAAAGCAGCGCUCGCUGCGGUUGUGAUAUGCGCAGUGAUAUUUAUGAUAGAAUACGAGGUAGUAAAACCGAUGUGGCGUUCGAGACGCGCCGAUCUUGUGCCAGCGUUCGCUACGUUUGCUCUCUGCCUUAUAGUUGGAGUGGAACUGGGUAUUGUCGCUGGAGUCUUACUAAACGUUAUCCUUCUUAUAUAUCCCAGUGCUAGACCUGCAAUGGAAGCCGAGAUCAUAACAAACUCAUCGGGUUUCAGCUAUCUUUUAAUAACAGUCGGGAACAGCUUGUACUUCCCCGGCGUGGAGUACAUACGACAGUAUGUGACCAGAGCCGCCAAGAAACAAGGAGGAUGCAGUAUGCCGGUUGUCAUUGAUUGUAGAUUUGUACUGGGUGCAGAUUUCACAGCAGCAAAAGGUAUAUGUGCGUUGUCCAACUCAUUAUCUUCCCGUGGUCAGCCGUUAGUACUGUUAUCACCUCGGUCGAGCGUCGCGUCAGUGUUCAAAGGGGCCGGCUCCGGGGUUGUUGUUGUGUUGAAUGCAUCUGAUUUAGAUGCUACCCUGCAAGAGCUCACCGGUCAAAUAGCGUUACCAGAUAUGAAUACUAAGGAAAAGAAACGUAUAACACCACCUCCCUCAUACAAAUCACUCAACCAGUUAGACGACGACGCCAUAGAAGUGGUCAUCGCAGAACCAAAUAGCACUCCCUUACUAACAAGUAUGACAUCUAAUGUCAAUGACACG